GUUGCACAUGUCUUUCGAAUCAAUAAGCUAAAAUCAACAGAUAUUUUUUGUAUUAUUGCGCCCUAUUUGGUCAAAUGAUUGUUGUUGAUUACGACAACCACCACCUGUCAAUAAAUAAUUCAGGAACGUCUCCUGAUAACAGAAUAAUUCAGGAAAUGUUAUUGAUACAGGUGGCAAACGGAGACCCAGAGGUAUCUGUACAUUUUAAUUUUGCCGAUGCUUGUCAUCGGGGACAAGAAUGGAAUUUAUUUCCUUGCAGCGUGGGAGUGAAAUCUGCAUGGCAGGACUUUAGUAUAUCGUCUCAAGGGAGUUUAAGCAAAAAACUCCCCGCAGGCUGAUGGAUCAAAGCUUAGAUGAUUGCUUAACUGUUUGAACAGCAUUCAAUACAUCUUCUGGUAUAUUGGAGAAUAACAAAGAAGAUCAAAGCAUCUAGCAAUUGGAAUCCAAGCAUAUGAGAGAAGCAAUCGUUUGUCUGGUAUUUUGUGCAUUGAUGCUAACAGCUGGAAACAAAUCUGGGCAUACCGGUUUUAUUGAAAAUUGAAGAAGAAAAAUGGACGCUGGAGCGUUCGCCUACUACACAACACUUGCAGUGAUGUGCUUUCUGUCUGCCAUAAUGAACUUGUUGAUUCUAGUCACGUUCCUGAUCAACCGACAAAAACUUUCGCAAAAUCCUUGCAACAAAAUAUUGUUGGCAUUGUCCAUUGCUGAGUUUUCGUUCGGUGUCACUGGUACCGUAAACUGGGUACUUGUGCCAACUGUCGAUGUGGAUAUUUACAAGACUGUCGGUAUGAUCCCGAUGUUCGCAAGUGCAUUGGCAUCGGUGAAUAUUCUCUGCAUCUUGACGUUUAACCAGUUAGUUGCUAUUGAAUACCCAUUGCGACACGCAUCGCUUGUCACAGAUAGGCGUGUCAAUAUUGUUUCUGCCUUCACACUUUCACUAUCAAUUGCCUUUAUUCUAAUUCAAGUCAGUAUUUACUGGAUUUGCAACGGAGAAGUUGAGUUGCACUCGCGUUCUGUCUUUGUCACGGUGUACUUUGCAGUCGGGCUACUGGUGUUGACAAUAUCUAAUUACAGACUUUAUGUAGCUAUUCAAAAUCAAAGGCGACAGCUGCAACCCUUGUCGAGCAUCAGUCAGGAGCAAUACAGAGAAGCAAACAGACCCUCGAUUGCUGUUUCGCAGUUCGAGACCAAUAUCGGCCCAGAAGGGCAAUCGCAGCCUAGAGUGAAAGCAAAGCAGCAUUUAAAGAAUGGCCGAAUUUGUAUAAUUCUCGUGAUCGUCUAUGUUAUCAACUGGUUGCCGCUAACUGUUUACCGAAUAAGCUCGUUUUUCGGACGAAACGUGCAAGUGUCAUGGGCCUUAAGGACUGCGAUGACACUGGCAACUUUGCACCAGAUCCUUACUCCCAUUCUAUAUCUUCUUAAUCGAAAGGAUAUCAGAAAAAUGGUCAGGAAUUUUAUGUGCAAACCGAAACAUACUCCUUAGAACAGACCACUUGCUUCUCAGAAUCGUUACGUCGUAUACGCCACGUAUUAAAUCAGUUCAAUGAAAAUAGGCUUGCUGAAUUAUUUUAAAUUUAGAUGUUUUCGACGAAAGUGGAAGAGCUAGUUUAAGGCGAUACUAAGGAUUUUUUGCUGGACUUGCUGGUGGAUUCCCCGUUUCAACAACUACAAUUGAAAUUGUAAACUUCUUUAGGUGAAAAGCAAAUGAACUUUAUCCGAUACAAUUUGAAUUUCGAAAUGAGUAUUUAGAACUUUCUCCUUGAUAAUUGUUUACAAAAGAAAAGACAACAACCUUUGAAUUUUGUUUUGUCUGUCAUUCUAAAGUUUGUAACCCUACUCCCCGAAUCGUUGUAAUCAGUUCUGCAAUAAUUCCUAGUCUUUUUUUAGAAAAAAGUGUUUGAUGAGAAAUACCACCGCAUAAUUCGCUUUUUUGAAUUGAAUCGAAAAUAGUGUUUUCCAGCAAAGAAUAAAGGGGAAUCAGUAGCAUAAUUAUCAAUCAGAAAAAAUCUUGAAUGGGCUUUCGGCUCGUUAAUCUCGUUACAAUUACCUUACGAAAGCCCAAAUUUUCCAACGAGAACUCUCCUUUGGCGGAGCUGAGCCUAGUGUCCCCCCCCCCCUCUCCCCUAUAAUUUCCACCACUGGACACUAAUAAUGUUUUAACAUAUAUUCCUUUUAGUGUGCUCCAGAUUGGUUGUAUAGCCUUAAGAAGUAAACGAUUGAUAAUUGUGAAGAUUGUGCUAGAGAAUGUAUCAUAAUUUAUAUGACUAAACGUAUCGAUUUUGCCUUUGAUAAUAAAUGUGCCUAUUUCUAUCUAAUGUUGACAUUUAUCUGCUUGUAGUUUUAGCAUUUCGUACUUAUCCAGGGCCGUAGCACUGUUAAAAUUAUUGUGAAGGAGGGGAAGGGAAAACUUAAAAAUGCUAUGUGAAACUCAAUUACAAACGUUGCUUUUAAUUUUCAUUUAGAAUUAUUGGGGGUCAUGGCCUCCUGCCCCCCUCCCAACUUGGAUACUACGGCCUUGCUUUCUAGUAGACACAUAUUAGCAAAAAAACUCAUUGAAAGAAUUAUAGGUUCGUUCUUGAAAGGCGAGCGGUUAUGCAAGUGCAAAAUCCAUGCUAUUUUAAACAAUGUAUUACAUCUUUUUUAAAAAUUCAAAACUUUUCAAUGGCGUUUCAAAAAACGUGUGCUUUCUUUUUUGGCUCAUUUGAGCUUCGCCUAAAAAUCAGAUCAAAACAAGUUAUGCUAAAAAGUUUUGAGCACGUCUCUCACGUUUCCUGGUUAAGAUUUUCUUAAACAAUCUUUUCAGUCCUGAAAUACCAGCAAGCCAAAA